AUGGAGCCAGAGUUCUGCUACGGGAAUGACUCGUGUGCGAGGACCGUCUACCCUGUCACUGUCCGCGCAGCCCUCUAUGUGGUCCUGGGGUCUGCGGUGGUCCUCACGGUUCUGGGGAACCUCUUUGUGAUCGUGGCCAUCGCUCACUUCAAGCAACUCCACACGCCUACCAACUACCUGACCCUCUCCCUGGCCGUAACCGACCUCCUCCUGGGAGUUCUGGUCAUGCUCCCCGGCAUGAGUGAGUCCAUCGAGAACUGCUGGUACUUUGGUGUGAUGUUCUGCAAGCUCUACAACAGCUCCACCGUCUUGCUGUGCACCGCGUCCAUCUUAAACCUGUCCUUUAUAUCCAUCGACCGCUAUUAUGCUGUGUGCCACCCUAUGCUCUACCCCCGUAAGAUAACGGUUCACACAGCAGUCUUCAUGAUCCUGGUCACAUGGUGUGUCUCUUCUCUGGUCGGCUUUGGUAUGUUCAUCCGGAAGACGAAUAUAUCAGGAAUUGUUUCCUUUUACAUCCCCGGGGUCAUCAUGCUGGGCAUCUACCUGAAGAUCUACAUGGUUGCCCAGAGACAAGUGCGCACCAUAGGCCUAGAGAACACCAGCUCCUCCAAGGUGGACAAGCACCAGAGGAAAGCCACCAAAACGUUGGCCAUCAUCAUGGGCGUGUUUCUGUCCUUCUGGGCGCCAUUUUUCAUCCUUAACAUCAUCGACCCCUUCAUUGGCUACGCUGUACCGCCCGCCUUGUUCGACACAUUCGUCUGGCUGGGGUAUCUGAAUUCCACCAUCAACCCGUUGGUGUACGCCUUCUUCUACAGUUGGUUUAGGAAGGCGUUUCAAAUUAUGGUUUCUGGUCGCAUCUUUCGGUCUGACAUGUCAGAGACAAAACUGUUUGCAGAGUGA